AUGAUCUUUCGGCCGCGCAGAGUUGCUUCGGGGAACUCCUCUGGCGACGAAUUCCGACGAGACCACGUGCGCUCCGCCGCCAACACCGUCCCAACACCUGCGCCUGUUUCCAAACAUCUCUUGUCCUUUCCAUUCUUCGCCUUUCGCCUCUGGGGGUCUCAUCGUACGACGUUGCUUCGCGACUCAUCUCUCUCUCUCUCCUUGACAAUACGCUACCAAACCAAACGCCUCCCAUUUUGCUCUUUUGGACCCUCUUUAUCGGCUUCCAUUCAUCUCUUUUUUCUCAUUCACUUUCUUUGCAGACUCUGUACUCUGCUUCCGCUAUAUAUCUCGGUUUUUUUUUUCAGGCCUUUAGAUUCUGUGAUUUUCUCUGUUCUGGUAUUCAUACAAGCUACUGGUAUUCAUUCGCACUAGGCUCCUGUUUUUCUCUUUUGAGAAAAGAACGUAUUCCUAUCUUUAAAAAACUGGAAAAGGGACUAUACUUGUACUGCUCUGAUCGAGCUAUUAUCAUGAGAAAAGUCUGUGUUACAAGAACCGAAUCCAUCACUUUCAGCAAGUUUAAAAGAUCAAAAAUGAACUUUUGUUCCCUUUCAAAAAGAAUUGAGGACAGAUCAAUUGGUUUAUGAUUUCGGUCCAGUUGAACUUCGGCGCGUGCCUGAUGUAACGUUUGUGUUUGUUUCUCUCUCUCUCUAUUUCCGAGUCCCGCUUUAUCGCCAACAAGGUUUGGUAACUAAACGCGGAUGGUGUGUUUUCCGACUUUCGCGGUACCUCUAAAGUAUAAAUGUUCGAAAUACUUGCGGAGAUUUUUUUUCUCUCUCCCUGGCCACUCUUUAGUUGGUUUGAUGGUUUGAUCUGCGACGCGCCCGGUCAUUUCGAAUGGAAAAAAAGAAUCGAGAAACUAGGAAGACUUCAAAAAAGCGGUUACGCACGCGCUACUCUUGUCCAAAUAUAGAGGGACCGUUUCUCGGCUAUUCGUUGCUAUUUGGACGCUUUGGUCGGGAUGUUUCCGACCGGUCGCGGCGUCAUCACUACGGUGUCCUCCGUCGUUAGUGGGGACCAACUUCCAAACCCAAUUUCUCUUUUUUCGUGCUUGAUCAUAGAACUCUGCCUCGAAAAAUCUUUUUUUGGACCAGGGUUUUUUUUUUUGAGAUGAUGAAAAGUUCGAGGAAUUCUCACUUCUAUUCUGUUUUCUCUUUUUGGAACAGUCACGUGGUGGAGGCGUCAUCAAACUUUUUUAUUUUUCGCUCUUUUAGUCAUGCUGAGAGAUAGAAAACCUUUCGAUUCAUUUUUAACACGUCAACUUCAACGCCGCAAGUUUUGUAAAAGAUUUUAUCUCUGAUUUUCCUUUUUCUCCACUGGUUUUUGAGUCCCCCCCCGUCCAUAACGUUUCCGUCCAGACAUUUUUGUUUCCUUUUGAGGAUUCAGUUGUUUGAGGACGACCGUGAAAAAUCCGGCGAAAAGGCCUUGUGAAACGAGCGUCGCUACCGUGUUUGCACUACCUCGAUUCUUCGAUCUUUUGAAAUUGCCACGCGUGUGCAACAAAAACCAUCCGUCUUUUUUCAAAACGUAUUUUAUAGAAAGUUCCAUAUAUCACUCACUCAGAUAGUGUGUCCUUGUUUUGGAAAUGUUCAGUUUCCCGAUUGAGUUUUCUCUGACGAAAUGAACCAGGUGGUUGUGUAUGCGAACUACUUUUAGUUAUUUCAGCCGAUGUAUCGUUCUGACUCAUCGCAUUUCGUAAUCCAUGAUAUUUUUUGUUUCUGACAAAAUACGAAACUUUUUAUUUUUAAACCCCAAAUACGGUUCUGGAAGUCCAAAAAGAAAAAAAAAAAUUAAAGAUCGAUUUUUAGUUUAUUUUUUGGUGUAUGUUUUAUUUUUUCAAUUCUGAAGACUUUAAACAUGGGAAUACUUUUUAUGUAGCAAAUCUUUCGAUAAGUGAGCUGCCGAUAAUGCUCUCGGAUUUUGAAAGUUUCCAAUCGUUUUCUAAUCUGGGAAAAAUCUCCAACCGCCGACUCUCGAUCGGGUUGACUCAACAAAUGUGUAGCUCUCACAAUUCUGCUGGAUAGAGGUUCAGGUUGAUGAACUAACGCCUUGAAAACGUUUUUUUAACGUUCAUUUUUCAUUGAAGGAACAUUUUCAAUUGUGAGAUAUUCAAAACAUAAUUUAUUUUUUUAUUCUAAAAAGAAGCUUCAUCUGUUUGAAAGAGCAGCAUCGGACCCGCCCUUUUGCCACUUGCCCUCUUUUUUUCUGAGUGCUUCAGCUUUUUUUCCGGUUAACAAAUUUAUCCUAGGUUUUUUUGUGACACAGCAAGGUAUAAUAUAAUGAUUUGAACUUAUCUUGAACAAUCUUUAAAUGUUUCACAUGCGAUUUUUUUUUGAAAAUUUUUGGACCUCAAUUGCUUCGCGAUCUUCUAAUUUUCGGUGAAAAACUUAACUUUUAUUAAUUUUUUUUGUUGCAGAUAUCUGGAAGUUUUGUAUGAGCCCCCACCAAAUCAACGUGGAAGCCCUGGACGACAAUUCCAGCGAGAAUUUCGACGUCGCCGUCGAUGACGUCAACGAAAAGCCAAAAGUUUGUAUUUCAUGUUCGUUCCAACUUUUGGGAACUUUCUCUAAACUCAGGCCAUCUCACAAGGAAAAUGUACAAAAGAGAUGAUGAGACAUUGAAUUCCGCAAAGAACACUAAAAAUUCACGUAACCAUCUGAAAUGAAUACUGUAUGAGACGUUUUUGCCCAAGUCUUUCUGAUUUUAUCCUAUUCUCUUCCGCGCCAAGUUCCUUGUACCCGUCUGGAGUUUGAUCUUUUGUUUGGGUCGCGCGUCGAGAAACCCCCAGAGGCUUGAGAGCACCAAGAGAUUCGCUGCCGAGCAAACUAAAAACACUGGCGAGUAGACGCCAAGUCGUAAUGAGUCGGACGAGCCUCUGCAAAAUGAUCCUGUCGGUCUGUGCCCGGCGACGGAAAACAAUUUAAUUAACGAUCACUCAAGAUCAUCCCGUGUGUAGUUUGACCACAAAGUCCAUAAUGAUCGUGAUCUUCACGUUUCUAGUUUAUUGCGGAUAAUAUCCAUUUCCCGUUCCCCAUUCGCUCUCUAAGGGUUUUCGAACACUUGAAAAAAUCUUUUCAGUAUAUCAACACUUUAAGACUCGGAUACUACUGAAUAUCCACUUUAAAAAUUGAGAUUUGCUGAAAUUGAUAUUUCUGAAUAGGUAUGUCGUUUGAAAAAUUUUCAGAUAGAGAUGAAAAAUUCACAGAAAUCGGGGAUAUUACCAAAGCAUGUGGAUUCGAAAAAAAACACUUGUCGUAUUUAAAAAAAAUUUGGUAUACGCUUUUCUAAGCCCUGGACGGGGGAUUAUAUCGAAUUAACCACAGAAUAGGUUAUAGGAAUCUAUUGAAGAUAUGAAAAAUUUUCUUUAAAAAAAUCUAACUUUUCUCGAAGAUGUUUAGUCCAACUGAGGAGGAAAUCUGACUGAAAAAACACGUAUAUUUAUUUGUUGCAGGGCCGUGUCCUCUACUGUCGUAAGUGCGAAGGACACGGAGAGAAGGUGAUCUUGAAGAAUCAUUCGCCCAACUGUCCCUACAUCCUUUGCUCCUGCAAAUCGGUCAGUAACACAACACUAACCAAUGUAUGACAGAAAAGGAUAAAAACAAUUCUCGACGAACUUAAUAAAUUUCAAAAGGUUAGGUUCGUUAAGUCUGCGUGGCGUAUUUUUCGGAAUAUGUUGAAAAUAAAGUUUUGUAAAAAGAGCUCUAGUGUCAAGAUGAUAAGAAGUAUAUAAAGAAUGUACGUUUUCAUUAUUUGUUGGCACUUAUGUUCAAGAUGAAAAAUUUAAAAAGUCUUUUGAGCUCACGACCUAUUUUUUUUAAACACUUGUUUCACCUUUGUUAAAAAUAUUUUUUUGAUUCGAUAAAAAAAUAACGAUCUUGAUAGAUUUUCAAAGUCGAUCUACCGCUAGCCGAGAUUGAAAAAAAAAACAUCCCUAAAGGAGUUGUUUUUGCAUAUUUUUGGCCUCGUUUAGCCGUAAUAACGAAUAAUUUCAGUGCGAACGGCUAAACUACAAGAGACUGAAGUCGUUCAACAAGCGCAACAAGGAGAAAAUUGAAUUGGCGGCAGCUCUGAAUGCCCGGAGAAACGCCGAAAAUUCCACUGGAGUGGCAACUCUCAGCAUCAGCGACGACGUCGAACCCAGUGAGUCGCAGUUCUUCUCUUUUUUUUUCACUUUUGCCUUUCUUUUCUGUUCUUUCGCUCUGUGUACAGUUUUGCACGAACAACCGCACUUCCGUGCGAGGUGACGUUAUAUGAAAGAAGAGAGAAAGAGAUUUUUUGGAAAAGAUUACUGUGUGAGGAAAACUGUAGUUUGUGUUUGCUGGAUGAUGACUUUUUUGGUCAAAAUUUCUCUUAUUUUAGCUGCCAGUGUUUGAUUGCUUUCCAUUCUCUUGUUAUUUUUGCAAGAGUCUGACACCGUAACCAGAGAAAAUUUUGAAAGGUGGGGUGAUUGAGAUAAGAAAGCUUUGAUGAUUCAAGAUAUGAAGAACUGAACUUAGCCAAAGAUCCUUCCAAGGCGAGCUUCAAUUUCGAAUAUACGUAUGUCCAUAUAUUAAAUUUGGUCACAGACUUUUGAACAUAUCAUCAGGUAUUCUACUGAUCGAAAAUUUUUUUCCUUUUUAAGAUAACCCAUCACUUUCAUGCAAUAUGCCAUUUCAUCGUUCUGUCAUCAUUUUUCCAGUUAAGUGAAGAAAUUUCAGUCUCACUGAACUGUUUUCCAAGAAAAGUGCAGUUAUUUUCGACGUUUCUUCCUGGACGGCUGCAAUAGUCAGAAAGGUCGUCUAGGCAAGGGACGUAAACAUCCAACUUUUGUGCAGAGGAAACUGGUCUCUGGACUCGCGCCAAGUCCGGAAAGGACACGCGGUUGUCCUCUUGUUUUCAGCCGCGAAAUGCACGGCGUUUGAGCGCUGUUUUUAGUACAAUUCCUUGGAAAUGGGCGGAGUCCAGACAAAAACGGACCAUUCAUUUUGCAGUGGUCCUCCGGAUUGGUGUUUUUUUCCCGAUUUGUGAAAAGUUUCGCAAUUGUCUUUUCACUCCUUUUUCUUUUGUUUGAGAAUUAAUACCUACCUUCAAAGUUUAAAAUAUGAUUUUUCUCUUGAUAUUUUCAGUUUGAAAAUAUAGUUUAUGUUUAUAGUUUAUAGAGCAGCCUUUUUUUGGAUUUUUCCUGAAAUGAUAAUCCAAAAAUAUUUGGUCGAAUGGAAGAGGGCACCUUCUGGAUUCAUGUCUCACGCCGCUUUCAUUCCAUUGUCUGCGCUAUUGACAGCAUUCUCAUAUUUUCUCGCUUUUCGUUCGUUUUUUUUUUCCAAAGAAUUACUACAAAUAUAUGGCGAUAAAUCUUUCCUUCGAUCUCAGACCUGCUAAAAAAACUCAAAAUCUAGAAUACUGAGAAUUUCCCAAGGCUAUUCGUCAUUACUUAGUCAUCGCCUAUUUUACAUUCCUUAUAUAUUUGCGAAAAAAAUUAACGAUUUUUUUGAGUUUUCAUGCGUUAUUUGUUUUUUCAAGUUUUUUUAUACGAAAAUAUUCAUUUCAUUUCAUUUUACCACAUAGCUUCUAAAAACAAUCGUUAUUUUGAAAACUGAAUUCGAAAUAUUCAGUUAAUGAACUUUUUUUUUGCAAAAGUUUGAUCUUUUAGACUAUUGUCUUUUGUUCUUUUUCGGAUACUUUGGCUGUCUGAAGCCUUGUCUCUUCGAAGAGUUUUCACAGCAGCUUAAACUUUCGUUCUGGGAAUGCUGUUAUCCGGAGUUAAAGCUCUAAAAGAAAGCCCAAAAUAAAGGCGAUUUUUCACUUUAUAGAUAAGAUAAUGUUAGACAUUUCCUAUCUGAACCUGUUUACUUUUAUCGACUUUUUUUUAUUUCGAGGAAGAAAAAACAAUUUUUUAAUAAGCAGGUUUUAAUUGAUGUUUGCCUAGCGGUUGACAUAUCUAGUAUACUGUAAAUUUUUUUUUCUGAUCUGUCAAACUUCAACCAGCGUCUGCGUUAGGACGAUUUUUCGUGAGAUGUCAAACAGGUCACAGCAACGAUUUCUCCCGAAGGAAGAGAAGUGCGAGAGAUGAAAAGUCGAAGUUGACUUUGGGUCUUCUGGUCUGGAGAUCAAAGAGGUCAACGUUAUAGAAAACUUAUCUUUGAGCCAUACUCUUCCGGAGGAAAAUACUAAUUGUACAACUAUGUUGUUUUUUCGAUUUUUGGAAGAAAAUUCUAGUCUUGUCGAAGAACUACGUAAACUACAUUGCGUUUGAAGUUUUGCAGUCGUCUUUCCAAUGUUUGCUGUUUGCCUCGGCUAGAAAAAGACAAAAAGUAAGGAUUUUGGCUUCACUUGGACCCGUUGAACCCACUAGAGACCAACGAGGUCAAGUUCUGCGGCAAGACAUGUUUCAAUAGCUGAUGAAAGUCUUUUCCAAUUAUUUUGAAGUUUCCACUUUGUUAUGAUGAGUUUCUUUAGGUAUUCAAACUCCAAAAAGGAUAGGUUAUUUUAAAACAAAGAUUAGUUGCUAUUCACGCUUUUCAAGCGAUUAAAAAUCUGUUCCGAAAUGAGGAGAAGCGAUUGUGAUGAGCAAGCGACUAGCAACUGGAACGGGGGAUUUUGUUCUUUCAUGUUUUUCUCGCCCAAACAAUAUCUGUCUCUCUCUCUCUUUUUUUCUGCUGCGCCUAGAGUCUUGUCGCGGCGUAUUUGUCGUGGCGCGCUUGUGUCUUUCUCACUCUAUCGAACCAGGCGAGGCAAAAGACCCAGAUAAUACGAGAGAGAGAAAAGAGAGAUGAGGAAAAGGACGUUUUUGUUGCAGGCAACUCGCGCCGAUCGUCGUUCUCGUCGAAAACCUCGUCGCCUGGCAUGGAUUCAGAUUUUGUGAGUCAUAUUUUGUGCAUAUAUGUUUUUUUAAAUUUUUGUUAGGCCAGUUAGAGUUGAAAUGCAGAAGAAAAAUAGAAAAACCUCAGAAAAAGUUUUUCCACCCAUUACGUCUAAUGAUUUGUUACGGGAUUCUGACUUUUUUUUAAAUUUGAAUUAUUCCUAUCAAAUUUUCAAAAUUGUGGCAUUAUCAAAAAAGGACCGCUGAAAAGCAGUCAGAAUUAGCAUGAAAUUGAGUUCAAAAACCAUUUGGGAGGCGUGGCCAUCCGACAGACGACGUCUUGCGUCGUCUAUCCUUCACAGACUACAUUGGGCAGUCGGGCUUCUUUCAACUCCACUCUUUCUAGCUCUUCAGGCCAGAGCAAUGCGUUUUUUCUGACGGUCUUUUGCCCUUUGAACCGCAAAAUCAUUUUCAUUGAAAGUUCCUUAUUAUAACUUAUAAAAAAGGUUUCUUUUUUUCAAAAUUAAAAUUAAAUUUUUUCAACCGUACUUGUUUAAUUUAACUAACUGAUCAUAGAAGUUUUUAUGACAGUGGACUUCUAAGCUCAAUUUAACAUUGAAAAAAAAAGAAGAGACCGAUGCGGAACUAUGGCGUCACUAAGCGGUUGUAUUGGGAACAGACUUCAUCGCCGAUCCGAUCGUGAUGUUUCCCACUGCGCGCUUCGAUUUUCCCCUAGGAAUCUUAGACCCAGCAAUGAUUUGCGAAUACGAAGUCAAAGCUUCAGCUUGCUUUGACAACGUUCAUUUUUAUUUUUCUAUAAGAAAUGUAGUUACAUAAUUUUUUUGAAUGUAUCUGAAUAUUGUGAACAUUAUUAUUGUAGAAAAAAAUCUACUUCAAUCGAUACUAAACUAUCAAAAAUUUUUUUGUAAAAAAAAUAUAUAUAUAUAUAUAUAUAUAUUCACGAAGUUUUCAGAAUCCAAACGGCAACGAACAGCCGCACACGAGAAGCAUGUCCCUUGGCUCGAUGACGGUCAUGUCGUACGACAUCUGGAAGGCCAAGUGCGCUUCGGAGAAGAAGCGGCUGGAGGAAGAAAGAGCUCGACGCAACGCCGAGAAUCCGCGCGCCGGCAGCAACUCUCCCAGUGCCAAAAGCCUUUGCGGCCUUCCGGCCUACUCUCCGCCACCUGCGAUGGGCCGAAAGAGAGCUCACACCUUUGUCGCCAGGGUAAAUAUUCUUUUAAAUCCAUUUUUUGAGAUUCAAGCGAAAGAACACAUUUUGAUGUUUCAAAAAAACUGUUUUGCUUCGUUUAAGCGGAUCAUUUUUGGAUACACAUGAAUGGGAAAUCUUGGUCUUUGAAGAGGCUUGACAAAGUUUUUUUAACCCAGCUUUUCGUUUAUCUCUAGUUUCUUUCCUGACAAAAGUGAAAAUAUUUCGCGAUACCCAGUUUAAGAUAUCGUUUCUUUGAACAGUUCUGCGAAACUUGAUAUGGCUAAUAAAAAAAAUAUACAGAACCAUAUCGAUGACAUUCCGAUUGUGGCAACGAAAAACAAAGUAGAAGAGAAAAGCGGCCGUCUCGUCAUUUUACCAACAAUUCCAGCGAUGCGAAUUUUCGUCCCUGAAGUAGGCGUUGUUUUUUCCCUUCACUUCUUCAAUUAUCAGUCAUUGAAUUAUUUAUUUCUUCUUGCAUGUGAGACCGUUUGUUAUAUAUUUUUUUAAAGUUAAAUAUAGCCAAUAUCGAAGCUUUUCGAGGAGGAGGAUACAAGGUUUUGAAAGAAUUCUAAGAUCAGUUCAGAGCGCUCUCCAAGAGAUCCAUGAAAAUGUAUGGCGCGUUCAUCAGAGGAACGGAACAUGUUUCAAAAUGCGAAAACGUGUUCAAUGGCGCGCCAAAGAUGCUCCAAUACAGUACUAAUUUUUGUUUUGAAACAGUUUUCGUUUUUUUUUUUCCGAUGAACACGCCAUUAUCACGGGAAACGGGGAAAUCGAAAUAAUCAACGCUUUUUGCCAACCAAACUCAUCAUUUGUUUUCAAAUUUAGACUUCUCAUGUUGAAAUUCAAACUUUUUAUUGAUUGGAUUCCGAUGGUUGUUGACUUUUGGGAAGAUUUCUGUUUUUCAUGAAGUCGUGUAUUUCAGGAUGAACCUGAAUCGGCAGUCAAACAAGAAAGAUCUUCGUGUACUCCUUCGACUUCGCAGACGAGCAUGGGACCUCCGUUGAGCACUGUUCCCCGUUUCCAAGGCUCCGUUCCGCCUCCGAAGAACGUAGACGGCACGCCGCUGCCUCGGCCGACGCCUGUCAACCGAACCGUCAGUACUCUCCCCGGAGUGUCCGUACAGCCUACGACUAUGUUCAAGCCGGUGGUGACGCCAUCACCGUCACAUAAUCCUGUCACCGUACUCCCAGUAACGCCGUCAAUAAACGCGAUGUCCCCGCAACAGAUGAUCUCGUCGCUGGCUUUGCACAACACGAUCCUCCAGCAGCAACAGGCGAACGCGAUGCUCCAGGAGCUUCUUUCCAACCUUGGACAACAGCCUUCGGUAGCCUUGCCGCAGACGACGCCGACGCCUCCUGUUGACGUCCUUUCGAUGCUGAGGCUUCAGCAGACGGCGGCUCAGCUUGCCGCGGCGAUCCAGUCUUCGCAGACGCCAGUCCCCCAGAUGCCGCUCUUGCCGAAACCGACAAUCUCGGCUUCUUUACCCCAAAACCCUGCUUCAACUGCUCAUCUUCUUGGCUCUCUUCUUGCUUCUAACCCUGUUUUUUCGCAUUCUACCUGAAAUAUUUGUAUCUCCUCAAUAUAUGGUGUUUGUACGGGUUCGAAUUGGACAUCCUUGAUUUUUUCGAUGUUCCAUAAGUUACCACGACUUUUUUGAAGCUGUUUUUUAUUGAAAUGGUUUCAUUCCAAUUGUUAAUACAGGCCCGAAUGGCGAAAGCCAGAAAAAUUCGGGUACCUUGCGACUAAGUUCUCUUUUUUUCUCUUUCAAGAUUUUUGAUCACCUAUUAAAUUGCAUAGCCUGGUGAGAGACUGACACAUUUCUAAGAAAUUGUUGCAAGUCUCAACUUUCGAUUUUUGCUCAGGUUGUCAAUUGUUGUUUUCACAAAAAAACUUUCAAAUUGUCUUUUCAGGAAAUUCCCAUUGAAAACUUUGUCAUGUUAACAAACAUUCUUUAUCUGUUUUUGUUCUUGUAUAUUGAAUUUUUAAAAUUGAUGAAGCAUUUCAGAAUACAAAAACUGUUAUUGGAAUAAGAAAUGAACAGUUUUUUAAGAAAAUCGAAUGGUUUGAUUUGAAAAAAGUUUUUUUUUUAAGGAAAGAAGUUUUAUUUCAAUGAGGGAGACACGGCUUCUUCGUUGACAGACGGCGGCGUUUUUUCGAGCCGAGGUUCGCUCUGCUGAUCUUUCUUCAUUCGAUUUCGGCUUGGAUCCUUCGUUCGCCGACUUCUUGUCUUUCCUUCGUUUUCUAUACCUCUCCGACUUCUGA